AUGCUCCAGCUUCACGUGUGGGGGCCAGCCUUUGGCCUGCCGUCCAUCGAUGCCGAGUGUCUGGCCGCCAUCGCAUACCUGACGCAGACUACCAGCCGCGCCGAAUUCCGUCUGGUGCAGACCAGUCCCUCGGCCGUUCCCACACACCACCUCCCCGCCCUGCACGACCCCUCCACCGACACAUGGGCCAGCGGCUUCGCGCCCAUCACGUCGCACCUGCGCGCACACCCCCCGCCCAGCUUCAAUGACGCCAGCCCGCCACGCCACGCCGACAGCACCGCAUACGCCGCCUUCCUGACGGCGCACGCCGCGCCGCUGGUCGCGCUCUCGCUCUACGUGUCGUCGGCCAACUGGGCCGCCACCACGCGGCCUGCCUACAGCGCCAUCCUCCCCUUCCCGCUUCCGUGGACCGAGCCGCCCACCGUGCGCGCCGCCAUGGGCCGCCGCGCUAAGCACCUAGGCAUGUCGAGCCUGGACACGGACGCCGAGACCAGUGCCGCCGAGAGCGGCCAGGGCAGGGAGGACAUUCCGGGCGGCGCCGGCGGGUGGGUGCACAUGCCUGCGGCCCUGCGCCGCGCCCCGCGGUCGGUCAGGGACGCCCUCGCCCCGGAGCAGGCGGCGCGCAUCCGCCUCGGCGGGCUCGCCAAGGACGUGCUCGACGUGCUGGCCGAGGUGGACUGGGAGGCGGGGGAGCCGAGAACCACGGCCGCGGCGCGCUGUCUGGCGUUUGCAUACCUGGCCCUGAUGCUCGUGCCCGACGUGCCGCGGCCGUGGCUGCGCGACACGAUGCGCGCCGCGUACCCUAGGCUAUGCGAGUUUGUCGAGACGUUCCGCUGGGAAUGCUUCCCAGACGGCGGGGGCGAGGUGCUGCCGUGGGGGGACGGCAAGGCGAGCAACGACAGCAACAGUGGCAGCGGCAGCGGCGGCGGCAGCAGCAGGAGCGGCGGUGGAUUCCUCGAGGUCGGCGCACGCUUUGCGCAGGGGCUCAUCUUUGACAUUCCCGGCAUCGGCGAGGAGUGGCACCGCUGGCUAGCCAGACGGAAGCGAAGGGCGGUCCGGCAGUCUGGAGACGAGAGACAAAUACAGCUGAGCAAGGGUAGCGACGCCCUCGUCGUCACGGCCAGCGCUGGCUUGGCCCUCCUGGCGGCCAACAUCGGCGUCUUCCUCUACCGCGCGGGCGGGAUGCCGUCGUUUGGCGCACCUCUGCACUCAUGGCACGUGCCAAUGGCAGGGCUCAGUGGGCUCGGGGCGGCAGGAGCCCUGUUCUCGGGG